UAUGGACGUAAACGCAGUUCGUCAGAGUCAGAUGCUCGCGUUCAGGAUGUAGAUAAUGAUAGUAAUAAUCAUUCGUCUGAAGAGCAUACAACUUCUAACUCGUCAACACAACCUAGGCAAAGGAGACGACGUCGGCCAUCUACGUCGAAAUAUUGCCAUUGUCAAUCAGGAUUUUGGGUCCGGGCAGUAAAUGGUGAGCUGAAAGUCACCUCUGUUAAAACAGUGCGCAACCGUCCUUGCACAAAAGGAUAUAUUUCUGUCGAUCCAUCGAAACGACAGUUGACUUCAAGUGAACGCUUAUAUUUAAGAACGUUUCUACUGAGUAAUACACUAACUCGUAGCUUACGGUAUCUGGUUUCUUGGAAGUUCAAUAAACAGCUUACCAAGGACAAUAUAUAUCGUCAGAAUGCGUUCACAGUUGUACCCAGAUACUAAAAAUAUCAAUGACAUUUUACAGCGCGUUCAAGCAAAUACUGAAGUUAAAGUAUUCAAUGAGAAUGGGAACAUGUUUAUGAUUUUCUUCAGCCGCAGAGAGCAAAUAGCUGUUUACCACGCGUUCCCGGAGGUAAUAUGUAUUGAUUCGACUUAUCAGACCAAUAAAGUCGGUUUUCCACUAUUCCAGCUAGUGGUGGCUGAUAGUUUUGGGCAAGGGCACACUGUUAUGUAUGCUCUUUGCAGUCAAGAACGACGCGAAGAUGUCGAAAAACUAUUGGAAUGUUUUAAAGAGAUAAUGUGCGGUACUUAUGCUACACGCACUUUCAUUAUGGAUUCGGCAGCGACCGAAAUUUCGGCUGUGCAGUCUACGCACAGUCAUUCUAACAUAAUACUUUGUUCAUUCCACGUCCUGAUAGCGUUUUUCAGGAAGUUCCAAAAUCCUGAUGUGCGCAAAUGCUUGGAACACCUUGUGAAGACUAGACGGUCUGAUAUAUAUACUCGAAAGUACGAACAUCUAAGGACGCAUUUCUCACGGGCGUAUGAUUACAUAAAAGAUUACUGGAUUGCCAGGAAGUCAAUGUGGGCUCGCUGUUACCGGCGACAUGUAUUAAGCCUGGGCAACCACACAAACAACAAUGUCGAAAGUGCUCAUAAACACCUAAAAGAAUGUCUCAGAAGAGGUGAUUCCCUGCUGUUGACGUUCUGGGAAAUUCGAGUAAAACAGACAUUGACCUACGUUUGCGUCCUUAUGACGCUGUGAAGGAUCUUCAACGUUUUCCAAUUCUUCAGGUUCCAAUGUCAUUUCGAACUCUUCUAAAUGAGUUCACAUCUUUUGCAGCUAAAAUUGUAGCUGUAAAUUAUAAACGUGUUCGGACAAUGAGACACGAAUUUAUAGAAGGAGAAUACAUCCGGUGCUACGACAAGGGUAUGAUGUAUGUUGUUGAUACUUCACGUGCACGAUGUGCUUGUGAGCGUUUCAAUGACUACAUGCUGCCCUGUGGUCAUAUUUUGUAUGCACAUUCUAAAGAUCUGAUUCGUGGAGACUUAUUUCGACAUAGCAACCGGUGGACAAGAAAAUACAUGAUAGACCUGGUUCUUCGUGCGCUGGACAACAUCUCAAUCUCUACAGGGAGUGAUGAUCUGCCAGAGAAGUUCACUAGCAACUACCACUCAACCCAUGCUCUUAGUGAACCUUUGGCAAGUAAACUCAUCCGUUCAUGCCUCGAAGCAUCGGAAGACAUGCGCACAAGUGAUGAGUUCAAUCGGUGCUAAUGAUAAAGCUACAACGUCAGAAUCCAUUGUUAAUACAGACCAUAGCUAUGCUUCUUGAUAACAAGAAGUUCUAACAUUGUAAUCUUUUUACUUUUACAUAAAUUCAUUUAUAUGGC